GGGAAACCAUGCAGCCAUCAGGACACAGGCUCCGGGACGUCGAGCACCAUCCUCUGCUGACUGAAAAUGACAGUUACGACUCUUCAUCGUCCUCUUCUUCUGAGACUGACACGGCCGACAGGGUCUGGUUCAUCCGUGAUGGCUGUGGCAUGAUCUGCGCUGUCAUGACAUGGCUUCUGGUCGUCUAUGCAGACUUUGUAGUGACAUUUGUCAUGCUGCUGCCUUCCAAAGACUUCUGGUACUCUGUGGUCAAUGGGGUCCUCUUCAACUGCUUGGCCGUGCUCGCCCUGUCGUCCCACCUGAGGACCAUGCUCACCGACCCCGGGGCCGUCCCCAAGGGCAAUGCCACGAAAGAGUUCAUGGAGAGCUUGCAGCUGAAGCCGGGGGAGGUCAUCUAUAAGUGCCCCAAGUGCUGCUGCAUCAAGCCUGAGCGUGCCCACCACUGCAGUAUUUGCAAAAGAUGCAUCCGGAAGAUGGACCACCACUGCCCGUGGGUGAACAACUGUGUGGGAGAGAAGAAUCAGAGGUUUUUUGUGCUCUUCACUAUGUACAUAGCCCUGUCUUCAGUCCACGCACUGAUUCUCUGUGGGUUCCAGUUCAUCUCCUGUGUCCGAGGGCAGUGGACGGAGUGCAGCGACUUCUCACCUCCGAUGACUGUCAUCCUGUUGAUCUUUCUGUGCCUUGAGGGGCUCCUCUUCUUCACCUUCACCGCAGUCAUGUUUGGCACCCAGAUCCACUCCAUAUGCAACGAUGAGACGGAGAUCGAGAGGCUCAAGAGUGAGAAGCCCACGUGGGAGCGGAGGCUGCGCUGGGAGGGGAUGAAGUCUGUCUUCGGCGGCCCCCCCUCGCUCCUCUGGAUGAACCCAUUCGUCGGCUUCCGGUUCCGGCGGCUGCCGGCCAGGGCCCGGAAGGGGGGCCCAGAGUUCUCCGUGUGA